UCGUACAAUUGGGGAAAAAAUAUUUAUUCAUUUCUUCGAAAACCAUAUUGAGGGAUCAAAAACAGAGAGAAACAUGGCCGAAUUCCUAUGGACUUUUGCUGUUCAGGAAGUUUUGAAGAAGAUUGUGAAACUUGGAGCAGAGCAUAUUGGUCUAGCUCUGGCAUGGGGUUUGGGGAAGGAGCUAUCCCAAUUGACAAAAUGGUUACUCAAAGCUGAAACAAUUUUAGCAGACAUUAACAGAAAGAAAUUUCACCAUAACUCUGUGAGACUAUGGGUGGAAGAUCUUCAAAAUAUUGUCUAUGAAGCUGAUGAUCUAUUGGAUGAGCUUGCUUAUGAACAUCUUCGACGAACUGUGGAACAAACUGGAAAUUCAGAAAGGUACGUGAUUCCAUCUCACCAUCCAAAAAUCCCUUUCUGUUUCGUUAUAGAUUGGCCGAGAAAAUGAAGAACAUUACUGAAACAGUAUACAAACUUUAUUGUGAGGCAAGUCCUUUAGGAUUAAUUGGUGAGGAAUCGACCACGGAAACAGAGGUUGCUCUUAGGCAGAUUCGAGAGACAACAUCAAAUCUUGAUUUUGAAGUUGUAGGAAGGGAAUAUGAAGUUUCAGAGAUACUGAAAUUGGUGAUUGACUCUACCGAUGAACAUGAUAUGUCGGUGAUAUCCAUAGUUGGAAUGGGUGGCCUUGGGAAAACAACUUUGGCCAAGAUGAUCUUCAAUCAUGAUAUCAUAAAACAACAUUUUGAUAAAACUAUAUGGGUUUGUGUAUCUAAACCAUUUAUUGUAAUGAAGAUUUUGGAAGAAAUCUUUCAAGGCUUAAUGAAUACCUAUAGUGGCUUGAACUCUAAGGAGGCCUUACUUAAGAGGCUACGAGAGGAGAUGAAAGGUAAAAGAUACUUUCUUGUGCUUGACGAUGUUUGGGAUAAAGAGCAAGGUUUGUGGGAUGAUUUGAGUUGUUGUUUGAAACAAAUUGCUGGAAAAUCUGGAAAUAGUAUUAUGGUGACAACGAGGAGUGUAGAAGUGGCAACUAUGGUGAAGGCUAUUUCCAUUCAUCAUCUAAAGAAAUUAUCAGAUGAUCAAUGUUGGGUGUUGUUCAAAAAAAGUGCAAAUGCAAAUCAACUGUCAAUGAGUUCAAAGGUAAAGAUGGUAAAAAAUGUGUUGGUUAGAAAAAUGGGUGGUGUACCACUCGUUGCAAAAGUUUUAGGAGGGGCAGUAAAUUUUGAAGAAGAUUUUGGAGGAGAUUAUGAGAAUUGGAUGACAAAAGUUGAAAGCAUUGCGAGAAACAUUUCAAAGGAGGACAAAGAUUUUGUUUUGUCCAUAUUAAAGUUAAGUGUGGAUUCUCUACCACUCCUUGCGUUGAAGCAAUGUUUUACUUACUGCUCAAAUUUUCCUCAAGAUUAUAACUUUCAGAAAGAAGAAUUAAUUAGAAUGUGGAUAGCACAAGGAUUUAUUCAACCCCAACAUGAAAGAGAGAACUUGAUAAUGGAGGAUAUAGGAGAAGAGUACUUCAACUAUUUAUUGUCUCGCUCCUUAUUUCAAGAUGCCAAUAAGAAUGUGAAUGGGAGAAUUGUUACCUUUAAGAUGCAUGAUCUAAUACAUGAUAUUGCUUGUACAUUUUCAAACCAUCAAAAGAUGGAACCAAAUCCUAAUAAUUGGAGUGGAAAAAGUACAAGAAAUUUGCGCACAUUAAUUCGGGAUGAUGAAGAGAUUCAUAAUAAGAUUUAGGCAGACUUUAUUUGUUUGCGUGUUUUAGUCCUGGAUAGGUUUUGGACUAAUAACUUGUCGAUUUCAAUUGGCAAGUUGAUACACUUGAGAUAUCUUGACAUUUCAGAAUGUUCUGUAAA